AGUUAUUAUGAAAGUGCAUACAAAAGCGACUCAGUUGCAGUUUUUAAUAUUACAAUCUAAAGUUAAAGUCAAAACAAAAACGUUGCGACAGCAAAAACAACAAGAAAAACAGCCACAGCAGCGGUUAAUUAAAUUGCUAAAGCAACAGCGGCAACAACAGCAACAACAACAACAACAACACUUGCUAAAAGAAACUCGAAAUUUCGUUUGGACGACUGCAGCAGAAGCACUUGACGAGCAAUCACAAAAACAAAAACAGUAUCAACGCAUCAACGAAGGUGAGCAUUCUUUGCUCCACACAAAGCAAAUUUCAUUACAAUUGCAACACAGCAAAUUGGCUUAUACAGCGCUGGCCGAUUCGCUAUCGUUGUUGGUAUUGCAGCUGUUAGAAUCAACGUGGCUGGUUAACAACGCAGUGCAGGAAAAUAAAUCAAAAUUAAACUCUUUAAGACGGAGGGACUAACAUUCGCAUUGCUGGCGGGCCCCAUGGGCCAGGCUGCAAGUAUGUGCCGAUUUCGUGGAUGUCGCUACAAAAAGAAUAAGUCAAAUAAGAAUACAGCAACAACAACAACAACGACAACAGCUAAUAGUGCCACAACGGCUGCAACGGCCGCUACAACACCAACAAAUACGGCGAACAGUUCGCCGGUAUCAGGCCUACAGCUGCGUAGCAUUGAGGAGCCGAGUGCGCAGUGUCAGACACAAACACAUCAUUACCAUCACACCGGUCGUUUGCCAGCGGCGGAGCAGGGGGGCACAGGGUGCGUCAGCUUUGAAAACGCCAAUGCGUUAAAUCAGCGUACCGGUGUCCCCCUGCAACUGCAAACUACACAAAAUCAAUAUCAUCAUCAUCAACAGCAACAACCAAACCCGCACACCAUGCAACAUACAACACAAAAGGGCUACGAUGCUGAACAGGCGCGCAUGGAGGCGUGGAUGGAUGAGAAUCAAGAAUUUGUACAGGAUUAUUUCAUAAGAAAAGCCACACGUCAGGUUGUUGAUGCUUGGCUUGUCUCACAUGCCACUACAGCUGGCAAUGAUGUCUCGCUGACUGGCUCACCUACACAUACAAAUGGACAGAGUUGCUCAUCACGAGGUGGAUCGGGAGCGACAACGCCGGUGAGAAAAAUAUCAGCACAUGAAUUUGAACGUGGCGGUCUGCUGAAGCCAAUUGUCAACACCAUUGACGGUACACCGACAUUCUUAAGUGUAGGCACACAAAAUGAUUGCUCAACAAACAGUAGCAAUAUGGGCGGCAUCGGUGGUGGAAGUAAUGGCAAUAACAUUGGCGCUGGCAAUGGCAACUAUAAUGCUGCCAAUGGCACGAGCACACUGGGUGCUCAUCACUAUCAUCAUCAUCAUCAUGGACAGACGGCGCACAGUUUCGGCACAAUGGGCUAUUAUCGGCCGCAACGUUUGUCACGCAACGAAUUGAAGGCGUUGGAUGAGAGAGAGCUCAUUUUUGAACUGGUAAAGGAUAUCUGCAACGAACUGGAAGUGCGUACAUUGUGCCAUAAAAUCCUGCAGAAUGUAUCAAUAUUGUUGAAUGCAGAUCGUGGCUCAUUGUUUUUAGUGCAGGGCCGUUGCAAUACUGCCAACGAUGGACCAAAGAAAUGUCUCGUCUCUAAGCUGUUCGACGUUUGUCCACGCAGCACCGUGGAACAGAUGGAACAGCAAGAGGAAGUGCGCGUUGCUUGGGGUUCGGGCAUUGCUGGCCAUGUAGCAGAGAGCGGUGAACCAGUUAAUAUACCAGAUGCAUAUCAGGACGAGCGCUUCAAUGGUGAAAUUGACAGCAUAACUGGCUAUCGAACGAAAGCCCUGCUCUGUAUGCCCAUUAAGGAUUCAUCGGGCGAUGUCAUCGGUGUGGCGCAGGUCAUUAAUAAAUUAAAUGGUGAAUGCUUCACUGAGGCGGAUGAGAAGGUGUUUUCUUCUUACCUGCAAUUCUGCGGCAUCGGUUUGCGUAACGCUCAACUUUACGAGAAAUCCCAACUGGAAAUCAAACGCAAUCAGGUCUUACUCGAUUUAGCGCGUAUGAUUUUCGAGGAGCAGAGCACCAUUGAGCAUAUGGUAUUCCGUAUACUAACACACAUGCAAAGUCUCAUACAGUGUCAGCGUGUGCAGAUAUUGUUGUUGCACGAGGCAUCAAAGGGCAGCUUUUCACGUGUGUUUGAUUUUGAAGCGAAUGAUCUCAGUGAAGAGGAGAAUACGUCACGUACGAGCCCGCAUGAGUCACGAUUUCCCAUAAAUGUGGGCAUCACCGGCUAUGUGGCCACAACUGGUGAGACUGUGAACAUACCAAAUGCUUAUGAAGAUGAUCGCUUCGACGAAAAUGUCGAUAUCGACGGCAACUUCAAGCACAAGUCCAUAUUAUGUAUGGCAAUUAAAAAUUCUUUGGGUCAAAUAAUUGGCGUCAUACAGCUGAUAAACAAAUUUGAUGAUCUGAACUUUACCAAAAACGACGAGAACUUCGUCGAGGCUUUCGCCAUCUUCUGCGGCAUGGGCAUACAUAACACACACAUGUACGAGAAGGCGAUCGUGGCGAUGGCCAAGCAGAGCGUCACAUUAGAGGUGUUGAGCUAUCAUGCAUCGGCAACGAUUGAUGAGGCGCAUCGAUUGAGGCGUUUACGUGUGCCAUCAGCUGCGCAUUUCCGCUUACACGAUUUUCGCUUCGAUGAUAUACAUUUUGAGGACGAUGAUACUCUGAAGGCCUGCCUCCGCAUGUUCCUCGAUCUGGACUUUGUCGAGCGUUUUCACAUCGACUACGAGGUGCUUUGCCGUUGGCUGCUGAGUGUCAAGAAAAAUUAUCGCAAUGUUACUUAUCACAAUUGGCGACAUGCCUUCAAUGUGGCGCAAAUGAUGUUCGCCAUACUAACGAUUUCCCAUAACGGACAGGCGACACAAUGGUGGAAGAUUUUCGGUGAGAUCGAGUGCUUGGCAUUGAUUAUCGGUUGCCUGUGUCACGACUUGGAUCAUCGGGGGACUAAUAACUCCUUCCAGAUUAAAGCCUCCUCACCAUUGGCUCAACUAUAUUCGACCUCCACCAUGGAACAUCAUCAUUUCGAUCAGUGUUUGAUGAUUUUGAAUAGUCCUGGAAAUCAGAUUCUGGCAAAUUUGUCAUCAGUUGACUACUGUCGCGUUAUACGCGUUUUGGAGGAUGCCAUAUUAUCAACGGAUUUGGCGGUGUAUUUUAGAAAACGUGGCCCCUUCCUGCAAUCUGUGAAGGAGCAGCCCCUCAGCUAUUGGGAGGCUGACGAGCCGCGUGCUUUAUUGCGUGCUAUGAGCAUGACUGUCUGUGAUUUGUCGGCUAUUACAAAGCCGUGGGAUAUUGAGAAGCGUGUAGCCGAUUUGGUGAGUUCGGAAUUCUUCGAGCAGGGCGAUAUGGAGAAACAGGAAUUGAAUAUAAUGCCCAUUGAUAUCAUGAAUCGCGAGAAGGAAGAUGAAUUGCCAAUGAUGCAAGUCAACUUUAUUGAAUCCAUUUGCUUGCCAAUUUACGAGGCUUUUGCCAAUCUCUCCGACAAACUGGAGCCACUGGUCGAGGGUGUGCGUGAAAAUCGCGAACAUUGGAUCGAGUUGGCGCAACAAGUACAAAAUAAAGAGAAUGCAGCGAGCAACACAAAUGGCUGCGCAGACACAACCAAGCAGAAUGGCUGCAUUUCGGAUGGGCGCAGCGAUUUGACUGAUGAGAUCGGCACGACGAACACCACGAAUUGUGACAGCAAUGCCGACGAUGGCAUAUCAACAGGCGCCGAGUGCGAAAUCGACGAGCAGAGUGAUAGCAAAAAUCCAAAGAAAAUUCGCAACUGCAACAACGAUGACGAUGAUAAUGAUGAAGACGACGAGCACUUGUGUGCCGAAGCGGAAGAAGCCGCCAUCGAAGCGGAUGACGACGACUCGGAUGUAGAGGUAUCGCGCCAUUCCAACGGUUGUUUCUCCUCCGGCUCGAGUCGUUUGAGUACACCACCGCCCACAGGCGAAGAUGACAGUCUACCCACUUCGCCGGCCAAAGCGACGCAAGCGAAACUAAUUGCGGCAAAUCUGAAUAAUCUUAAUCAGCGUACGCUAAAGUCGACACGCAACUGUUGUCGCAGCUGUGAAUAUGUGCGGUGCAGCGGCAAUAUGCGCAAAGCCUCAUCGCUCAAGGGCGCCAAAGAGUUGCAACAACAAUUAAAUACACAAAAUGGUGGCAACUGCGGUUACUACAGUCGCAGCGCACCCUCAGUGAGCAGUUGUGGUGUGACGAGUUCUGCCGGCAGCUUACAAAAACAACAAAAUCACAGUGACAGCCAGCCGAAUCAGCUGCAGCAUCACCAUCACCACCAGCAACAUAACCAUUACCAUCAUCGCCAUCACAGCCAUCAGCAUCACCAUCAUCACCACCACCACAACAAUCAGCAUGCGCCACAUAGCGCCAACGGCACUGGCAAUACAUCAAGCGGCGCCGAAAGUGAUCGGAUACCGAAAAUUGUAGGUAAACUGGGCAACAUUGAUAGCUUGCAAUAUCUUGCUAGUGGUGGCAAUGGCGCCGGUGACGCGCUGCUGCACACAAAUGCCGGCAAAGGCACACCAAACGGCAUCGCGUUCACACCGAAUGGCCACGUCACCUAUUUUGCCGCCAGCGAUGUACCCACAUUGGUCGUUUCGCCGACAGCGGCGACCACAACAACAACAGCAGCGACAGCGGCGACAAGCGCUUGUGAUAAAUGAAGUGUUUAAGCGAAAUGCGUGAGAGCGCUUUGUGCUCUUACAUGGCAGUGUUAUAUCGAUUUAGUAUAUGUACUCAUACAUAUGUAUGUGUAUGUGCUUGUAAUGGCUUAAAGUGCGUAAAACUGUAGUGAGGGUUAAACGCGUGCUGCUAUUUGUGGCUCAAACGAGUUCGCUCACGCAACUACUAAAGCAAAUGCGUAAAUUACAAUUUUGACUAAAUGUAAUUAUUAUUGUAACUAUAUUGACAACUGUUUGAAGAUUGUAGUGGAGUCUAAAGAGAGAAUUUGUGAAAAUUAAUUUUGUUUGGUUUAUAUAUAAUAUUAAUGAAAUCAGCCUAAAAAACACUACAAGCCGUAAGAAAUGCUCUAGAGUUUAUAUAUAUAUAUAUACAUUCGGUUGUUAUAAGAGGUUACUGAGUUGGUUUUAGAGUAACUAAUUCUCCUUCAGAAUCCUUAAAGUAAUGAAAAUGCCAGCUUUUUUUACUUAAAUACAUUUUAAAUUUAAAAUAUAUUAUAUUUUACGGCUCAAAAAUAUUUUCAAGAUGAACUAUUGCUAGGCCAGUCUAGAGUCCUGAAAAAUCCUUUAAUUUUGACAAUUUAUUUAGGCUGCCAGGAAAAAGCUUCUCUGCUCUGCGGCAAACCUUUUAUACAUGUAUUUGAGUGUAAAGACAUUUUUUAUGAGAUUUUGAUACAAAGUGGCGACUAUUGGGCCAAUCUACCGAAUUAACUUUUCCCAGACAGAAUCUAAGUGCAACGGUGGCUCUACGAACUCGUGUUAUUUAAAAAAAAAAAUACAAAAUGGAUCUUAAUUUAGUACAACGUGGUAGUAAAGUACUAUCCUUUUAGUUUUACGUAAAUUUCUUGCAAAAUAUCGGAGUUUUUAAAAAAGUUUCAAUCUCUAAAUAUCAAAAAAAAAAACAGUAAAUUGCUUAUAAAAAAUUGCCAUGAUAAAAAAGUCGUAUGUUAUUUACUAAAUAAUGUUGUUAUCUCCGCAAACCAUCCUUGCCAUGGUCUAAAAAUACAGUUUCAAGCAAAAUGAGCAAAAAGUUUUAUGUGCUAAAACUGACUGACCCGAACGCUUCGAGCGAAUCGGAGAAGAAAAUAAUUUGUAUUUCACUAUUCUAUCAAUUCAAUUUGUUUUAAGCAGCCUACAGUACACUUUUCAAGCUUAAAGUAAAAAUUUCGAUUUAACGAAAAUACAAGACUGGUCUAAGCCUUUAAAACUAAAAUUCGAAAUACAAAAUUUUUAAAAAUAAAAAUUUAUUAGGCUUAUAAAUUUUUUUUUAAUAUGAGCUAAGCUUAUAUGUAUAAAUUCGCUUAAAUUUUUUUUUCGCUCAUGCUGGUUUUUCGACAAAUUUUAUAAAAAACUGUAAAAAUUAGUAGCAAUAGUUUAAUUUUUAAUGAUAAAUAAUAACUUUUAUUUAAACAGAAACAUGUUUUGAAUUUUUGCAAAAUCUCCAUACAAAGGGCAGCAGUACAUAUAGAAGCCAUUAGCAGCCAAAUUUCCUUUCACUACUAUAAUACAACAAGCACCAUAAUAAGCCAAUUACAUAACAUAGUUAAAGCACCAAGCAGUGCAGCAAAUCAUAUGCAGUUUAAGCAAAAAAAAAAAAACUUAUGAAAGUGCAUACUGAAGUAAAAAAAAAAAUUAAGAAAAAAUUACUAAAUGAAAUUAGCUUAAUUGAAUGUUAUCAGAAACCUAAUGCUGAAAUAAUUUUUUUGUAUAUAUUUUCUUUUUCUAUAAUAUUUUACUAUGUCUCAAUAGUGAUAUGUACUUGAAUGUGUAUACAUUUUUUUAUGUUUGUCUGUUUUUCAUACAUCAGUGUGUUUGUAUGUAUAGAUAUCGUAUUAGUUGUGUGUAAUUCAGCAGUUAAGUCUCUAUUGUGCAUAAGAAAUGCUUGAAAUAAUACACAUGUAGUAUUUACGCAUACUAGUUCAAUUUGUAGCAUUGUAUUAGUGUUAGUUGAGUUUUAUUUACCAAAAAUUAUAAAUAUACUUGAAGCAUAUAGUUUAAGGACAAAUUAAUUAAACAACUAUAUUUAAGUGGAAAUAAAUGAAAUGAGAAAAAUUACUCGAAAAUAUCAGAGUGUGAAAAAAAUACAAAAGAAAUAGAAAAUUUUGAAAAACAUUCAUUUAGUUGUUUAUUGCAAAAAAAAAAAAUAAAUGAAAUAAAAUGGUUUAACAAAAACAACACAUACAUUUCUAAACACUUAGCUGUUUUUGCAAAACAUUUCUCAUUGCUAAAAUGGUAAAAGAUAUCUAGUGAUUUAACUUAUAAGCGUUUGUAGUUGUACGAAAUAGUUGUACUCACACCCACACACAUACAAGUACUGUACUGUAAAUAUUACCACAAAUUAGACACAUACAUGCAUAGUGUAAACAUAAACUAGCGCAUACAAACAGAAAUCCUAUAUUUUCACAAGUUCGAAUUUAAUUACAUUAAUCAACAGUUAUAAGCGUAACAGAUUACGUUUAAAAUACAAAAAUAAUUAAUUUAAAAUAAAUGAAAUAUUUAGUUGUAAGUUUGAAGAAUUAUAACAUAAAUACAUACAUAUGCAUAUGUGUAUGUCUGUCUGUAACUAAGUAUAUAUGUAUGUAGUUUUCAGCAAAAUGUUGAUUAGCAAAAACGUAUUCAAUACAAGGCGCAAAAA